AUGGGUUGUCAAGACGUUCUAUCCCGCAAGACCGGUGUCAUUGUCGGCGACGAUGUCCUAAAGCUCUUCAACUAUGCUCAGGAGCACAAAUUCGCUAUCCCAGCUAUUAACUGCACAUCUUCGUCCACAGUCGUUGCCUCUCUCGAAGCUGCCCGCGAUGCGAAGGCUCCUAUCAUCCUUCAAAUGUCCCAAGGUGGUGCUGCCUACUUCGCCGGAAAGGGCGUUGCCAACGGUAAACAAGAGGCUUCAAUUGCCGGCGGUAUCGCUGCUGCCCAUUAUAUUCGCUCAAUUGCUCCAUCCUACGGUAUUCCAGUUGUUUUACACACCGAUCACUGCGCCAAGAAGCUUCUACCAUGGCUGGAUGGUCUUAUGGAUGCCGAUGAGGAGUACUUCAAGGCUCAUGGAGAGCCUUUGUUCUCCAGCCACAUGAUCGAUCUGAGUGAGGAGGAGGUUGAGUUCAACAUCCAAACCACCGCCAAGUAUCUUAAGCGUGCUGCCCCAAUGAAGCAGUGGCUCGAAAUGGAAAUCGGUAUUACUGGUGGUGAGGAGGAUGGUGUCAACAACGAGGAUGUCGACAACAACUCUCUCUACACCCAACCUGAGGAUAUUCUUGCCAUUUACAAGGCUCUGCAGCCAAUCUCCCCUUACUUCUCCAUCGCCGCUGGUUUCGGAAACGUCCACGGUGUGUACAAGCCAGGAAAUGUUAAGCUUCACCCAGAGCUCCUCGGCAAGCACCAGAAGUUUGUUAAGGACGCCAUCGGAGCCAAGGAGGAGAAGCCAGUGUUCCUCGUCUUCCACGGUGGAUCCGGAUCUUCGAAGCAGGAGUUCCUUGAUGCCAUUUCUUAUGGAGUCGUCAAGGUCAACCUCGACACAGAUCUCCAAUAUGCUUACCUCACCGGAAUCAGAGAUUACGUUCUCAACAAGAAGGAUUACCUCAUGCAGCAGGUCGGUAACCCAGAUGGUGAAGAUAAGCCAAACAAGAAGUUCUUCGAUCCCCGUGUUUGGGUCAGAGAGGGAGAGAAGACUAUGUCCGCCCGUGUCACUGAGGGGUUGAAGGAUUUCAACACCGCUGGUCAGCUUUAG